CCCUCUUUGGCUCUCGCACGCACUGACACACACACAAUGGACUACUCAGCAGGCGGCGAGUGCUGAAGGCUGGGCAGAGGGAGCCGGGCUGGACGGGGUCUAUUCUCUCGGAAGAGUCGGCCAGGUCCGCAGGAGCUGAUAUUUGACCCAUUCCCUAUCGUUUUAUACCCCCUCCUCCCUCCUCGCCUCCUCUGCUGCUCCCUGCCUUCUUCUUUCUUCAGUCUUUAGGAGAUCACUCGCUUUCUCUUUUCAGCAGCUCUUUGUGCAGCGGAAUACACUCUCACAUCGCUGCUGCCGCUACUACUGCCGCCACCGCUGCCAAGACUACCGCUGCUGCUGUCGCUGCUACUACUACCGCUACUGCUGCUCCAGCUGCCGCUGAUUCUUCUGCCUCUUCUGCCUCUGCCUCUGACUGCUGCUGCCACUGGAGCAGGAGGAGGAGUGCGGCAGUUUUGCGUGUAGAUCGCUGGAAUGGAACGCUUCCUUGGCUUUGUAAAGCAAAUUCGCAGGUCCCGCAGACGCAAGGGCAAAAAGUACCGGCCCGAAGAGGAUUACCACGAGGGCUAUGAGGAUGUGUAUUACUACGCUUCCGAGCACCUGCACAAUGAGGGGCCCUACACUAAGCACUCCAACCCCUCCAGGCCACCAGAUGGAGCUCUGGCCAUCAGACGACAGAGUAUUCCAGGUAUUUGUUUGGACGAGUUCAAGGGCUCCAGCAUUGUGGAGCUGAUGAAGAAGGAGGGCACCACCCUGGGCCUGACCGUGUCCGGCGGCAUCGACAAGGACGGCAAACCCCGCGUCUCCAACCUCCGGCAGGGCGGCAUCGCGGCCAGGAGCGACCAGCUGAACGUGGGGGACUACAUCAAGUCUGUGAACGGCAUCAACCUGACCAAGUUCCGUCAUGACGAGAUCAUUAGCUUGUUGAAGAACGUGGGGGAGCGAGUGGUCCUGGAGGUGGAGUACGAGCUGCCACCUGUCUCUGUUCAGGGUUCAGGUGUGAUGUUUAAAAAUGUGGAGGUGACACUGCAUAAAGAAGGCAACACAUUUGGAUUCGUCAUCCGAGGAGGAGCCCAUGAAGACAGGAACAAAUCCCGUCCCGUUACCAUAACAACUAUCAGACCCGGCGGCCCGGCUGACAGGGAAGGCACCAUUAAACCAGGAGAUCGGCUGCUGAGCAUCGAUGGCAUUCGCCUACACGGCACCUCCCACGCAGAGGCCAUGAGCAUCCUCAAGCAGUGCGGCCAGGAAGCCACGCUCCUCAUCGAGUACGACGUGUCCAUCAUGGACUCCAUAGCCACUGCUUCAGGCCCGCUGCUGGUGGAGGUGGCCAAGCCUCUGGGCUCCAGUCUGGGCGUGGCCCUCUCUACCUCCAUGUACUGCAACAAGCAGGUCAUCAUCAUCGACAAGGUCAAGCCAGCCAGCAUCGCCGACAGGUGCGGAGCUCUGCAUGCAGGUGAUCACAUCCUGUCGGUAGAUGGCACAAGCAUGGAGUACUGCACACUGGCUGAAGCCACUCAGCUAUUGGCCAGCGCCUGUGAGCACGUCAAAAUGGAGAUCCUUCCUCACCACCAGACCAGACUGGCCCUUAAGGGCCCAGAGCACGUCAAGGUGCAGAGGAGCAACCGGCCACUGCCCUGGGAGUCCGGCACCAACAACAACAGCAACUUCCUCCCCUACCAGCACUAUAACACCUACCACCCCGACCAGUCCCGCAGCCAGGCCAAGCAGAAAUCCUCUCCGAACAACCCCCCUCUGGGUUCGUCCUUCUCGCCCACCUCCAUGAGUGCCUACAGCCUGAGCUCCCUCAACAUGAGCACACUGCCCCGUAACAUGUAUCCCACAAGCCCUCGUGGCACUAUGAUGAGGAGGAAGCUGAAGAAGAAGGACUACAAAAGCUCCUUGUCUCUAGCCUCCAGCACUGUGGGCCUGGCUGGUCAGGUGGUCCACACGGAGACCACUGAAGUGACUCUCAUCAGCGACUCCAUCAUGGGAUUCGGAAUCCAGCUCCAAGGAGGGGUCUUUGCCACGGAAACGCUGACCUCUCCGCCGCUCAUCGCCUACAUGGACCCCGACAGCCCGGCCGAGAGGUGCGGCAUCUUGCAGAUCGGUGACCGCAUCCUGUCCAUCAACGGGAUCCCCACCGAGGACAGCACGCUGGAGGAGACCAACCAGCUGCUGCGGGACUCCACCAUCACCAGCAAAGUCACGCUGGAGAUCGAGUUUGAUGUAGCAGAGUCUGUUAUCCCAAGCAGUGGCACCUUCCACGUGAAGCUACCAAAGAAGCCGGGCGUGGAGUUAGGCAUCACCAUCAGCUCUCCAUCUAACAGAAAGCCGGGGGACGCUCUCAUCAUCUCGGAUAUUAAGAAGGGCAGCGUGGCACACAGGACGGGAACUCUCGAACUUGGUGAUAAGCUCUUGGCCAUAGACAACAUCCGCCUGGAUAACUGCUCCAUGGAGGACGCUGUCCAGAUCCUACAGCAGUGCGAGGAUUUGGUCAAGCUCAAGAUUCGUAAGGACGAGGACAACUCAGGUGUCCUGCGUGCAGACCGUGUUGAUAUGGACGCCCGUGUGCUGUUGGCCUGUGUUGCAGACGAGCAGGAGACCUCCGGGGCCAUCAUCUACACAGUGGAGCUGAAGCGCUACGGGGGCCCUCUGGGCAUCACCAUCUCCGGCACCGAGGAGCCCUUCGACCCCAUCAUCAUCUCCAGCCUCACUAAGGGCGGCCUGGCCGAGAGGACGGGUGCGAUCCACGUUGGAGACCGCAUCCUGGCCAUCAACAAUAACAGUCUGAAGGGCAAACCUCUGAGCGAGGCCAUUCACCUGCUCCAGAUGGCUGGAGAGUCUGUUACACUCAAGAUCAAAAAGCAGGGAGAACUGGUGAGUCCAAAACAGCCAUCUGUGUCUGGGCGUCUGGGUGAGCUGAGUGAUGUGGAGGAUGAGAAUCAGAGCGGCCAGAAAACAGGCAAACUGUCGGACAUUUACUCCACCACCAUCCCCAGUGUGGACAGCGCUGUGGAAUCCUGGGACGGCUCUGCCAUCGACGCCACCUUCAGCACACAAGCUCCUACAGGCUUCCAGGCAUCUGGCUAUAGUUUCCACAGCCACGAGUGGAGGAACGCCAAAGCUAGCCGGGGCAGCUUGUCUCCGGUCAGCAGCAGCCGCCAGAGAAACAACAUCCUGCAGGACCUGGGCCUCAGCGAUGACGAGUGGGACAGACCCACGGCUAGCGGAGCCGCCACGCUGCCCACUGGCCUUAUCUCAGACAGCAGGUUCACUGUAGGCCACGACGGUACAGAGCCAGACCAGGAGGAGAACUUCUGGUCCCAGGCACUGGAGGACCUGGAGACGUGCGGCCAGUCAGGGAUCCUCCGGGAACUUGAGGACAAGCCAGACAGGCUUCUGACUAAGAGAAACCUGGCCAUCUUGGCCACCAUCAUGUCUGGGAGCACGCUCAGUCUGAACCACGACCCGGCACCCACACGGAGCCACCUGGGAAGGCAGGCCAGCUUCCAGGAGCGUGGCAGCAACAGGCCUCAGUACACCCAGGCCAACCGCAGCAACACACUGCCCAGUGACGGUGGCCGCAAGGCCUUUGCCAUGAGGAAGAUGAAGCAGGAGAUCAAGGACAUCAUGUCGCCAAACCCAGUGGAGCUGCACAAGGUGAGUCUGUUUAAAGAGUCAGACCUGGAGGACUUUGGCUUCAGUGUGUCCGACGGGCUAAUGGAGAAGGGCGUCUAUGUCAACAACAUCCGUCCAGGGGGGCCUGCAGAAGUGGGGGGGUUGAAACCAUACGACAGGCUGCUACAGAUCAACCACGUCCGAACCAGGGACUUUGACUGCUGCUUGGUGGUUCCUCUCAUUGCCGAGUCCGGAAACAAACUGGACCUGGUCAUCAGCCGGAACCCAACGUCUGUGCCAGGAUCUGAACUAAACCAGUUGCCCAACGACGAGCCAGUGGACUGGACUGACCUUACCGAGCCCCUCCCACAAGCGGGAACAGGACAGGAGGCCGGCCAGCAGAACUCCUUGCUGGCGGGCGUGGAUGACAGAGACCCCAACAAGACCUUAUAGCAGAACCUCCCACUCCACCUCCCCUCCUCUCCGGCACAGGCAGACGAGUGCUCCUCAUGGUGCUAACUGAACCCCUCCCGACUGCUCCCCACCCACCACCUGCUGGGAGUGAGCGUGUCGGAGCCUGUCCGUGAUAUAGCACACCCAGUCUCCUCCCUGAGCCAGAGCAUGAGCCACACUGACUGGGAGAGCUGUCCUCUCCAUGCCUGCUGGGUGGGUUGCGUAUUUUUUUUUGUUGUUUUUUUGACUCCUGUGGAAAUGACACUAACUAAUGGAGGAAGACCAUAAUGACCUCUGAACUGAAUACUGAACUGGGAAAAAAAAAAACUAAAAAGUGAGGAGAGAAUCAGAAAAAUAACAAAACAGUGCCAUCCUUCAUUUUUAUUGCCAAUAAACUGAACUAGUUUUAGGGAAGAACAAAAAAAAAAACGUGAAGCAAAAGAAGCGAAAGGAAACAUUGAGACGUUUACACAUGAUGUUGGACUGGCCUCUCUCUCUGUCUGUAUGUGUGUGUGUAUUUGAGAACGAAAGCUCCUUAUGUGAGCCUUCUUCACAAGUGUGUGUGUGUGUGUGUGCGCGCGUUCUUACGGACAUUCUUAUAUACAAGUCUAGGCCAGAGUGAUUCUCCACAUGCUCUGUUUUGGAGUUUUGGAAUGGUCUCUCAUGGCAAAGUCCUAAACCUCAGCUGUGUCCACCUUGUACCCUGGAAUCGAUUCCUCUAGCUCCAUUCUUUUGUAGCGCUGAAUCCCAUACGUGUGUAUAGUGAACACCCCUGUUAAAUCCUCACAAGUGAUGCCAAGGCCUGAGUUCCCUGCCUUACUCAUUCAGUGGAAAGAAAAAAACAAAGAGUUUGGCACGAGCUCAGCACAACCAAUCCAAUAGCCAUUUUUUAAAACGUGGCAAAAAGAUAAAAAAUAAAAACGUAAUAAUGAGUGAGUCAGCCUGAGUGGGUUGGGUAGCAGCAUAAUGCAUGAGACCUUUUUUUUCUGAACUACUAUUUUGUAACGGUAGACUACGUACAAAACGUAAUGUACAAAAAGAGAACUUGGCUACAUGUAGUUUUAAAAAGAGAAAAUAAGAAGACACAAAAGAAAACGAAAACCCUCUAAACAACACACAAAGGCCAUGCCAUCAUCAUUUUUAUUGCAGGUUUUGCUUGCUGGUGUAAACACUGAUCUAAUCUAAUCUAAUCUAUCUAAUAUCAUUGUUUAGACCUUGAUUUCACAUCGAAUUAGGAGGAUUGUUUCAUUUUGCUACUGAAAGGUUGGUAUCUAAGGCACCUUAUCUUAGAAUUGGACAGAUUUCUAUUUUUAUUAGUAAAGGGAAGUGAUUUAUACGUGAGAGGGGAGCAAAUGUUUGCAAUCUGAGUGAUGGGGAAAGGGGCACACUGGUACACUAAGCAAUCGGUUACCGAAAAACACCCUUUGUGUAUCAGAUGAUUGAUGUAUUUUGGUUGGAAAGAGGUGUUUUGAUGUACCAAGCAGUAGGUCUAGUUAAACCCCCAGGCAUGUGUUCCAUUUCGGGAGAAUUCGAUUACUAGCACAAAGCAAAGCAGAGACCAAAUAUCCGCUUCACGCUGGCCUAAAUCGGGCCUUUUACCAGAUUUAGAGAACGGAAACUGACACAUCGCUCCUGAGCGAUGCUGGCAACCAGAGAGUUGUCUAUUAAAGCAUAGAAGAGAAUAAGCGUGCAGUGAGAAUAACACCAGCUCCUCAUUCUGGAGUCAGUUUCAGACCACUACACUGAUUUGUAGCCGUCAAGACCACUUGUUCUUCACUCUUGUUUUUGACGUACAGUGCGGAAGCAGCUCCCAUCCCAACAUCACUAGAAAGGGGGGAAAAUAAAAAAUUUUUUAAAGUGUCCAGCAUGAGGUUGUCAACACACACAAGGCUCAAAUCAACUUCUAGACUCUAGACUAUAAUCUAGACUAUACCACCCGUUCCCCCGACACAUCCCCCUGUUGUUUAAGUGAAUAUGAACUUAUGCUAAUCUACUGUAUGUGGUAAUGGUAUGGUUUUGUAUGUUAAAAUGUUUUGUUCUUUUGUUUUUUUUCUUUUUUUUCUUCAGAGGGUGAAAAAAGCCCAAAGGGUGUACAAAUCAUUUGUAAAGAGAAAAAAAAAAGGGUUAAAAAAAAAAAAAGAUAAUGGCACUUGUGUGUUAAAUCAUGUGAGAAUGGGGUUUGUAAGGUGAGUCGUUGCCUACCUACCAUACACAAUGGUAAAACAUCAAGGAAACUUGAUACUUCACACAAAAGAACUGUAGCUCAAAAAAAAAAAAUAAUAACAAUAAUAAUAAUAAUAACGCUAAUAAAAAUAAUGUGUCCAUAAGCACAUAUGCUGCACAUUAUGGCAACACAUUCUUUCACCCACCUGUGUGUGUAAAGUCGUGGCUUUUGAUGAGUGAUGUUACUACCCUUGUCGUCCGUGCUCACACACCCUGUCUACUCACUAUUUAAAAUGGCACGUAGCGGUCCAAUCUGAUUAUCGGUCAUAAUCUCAUCAGGGGGACACUCACGUGGGAUUAUCUUUUACCGAGACUGUUUAAAAAAAAAAAAAAAAAAAGCAACUGUGUUGUUUUUCGUUUGUUUUCUAAAGUUCCUUCAGGUACGGGUUCAUUCCCCAAAAUCUCAUGCACUGGAUUUUCUGAGAUCGUUAGCGUUCUGCUGACAUGCCGACGUGUCGCAUGCUGAAUUCUGACGGGCGAGGCCUGAUCCAAGAGCAGGUUUUCACUGUAAGCGUUGUGUCGUCCGAUGCGUGGCUUUGUCCGUGACUUACGUUUGACAUGACAUCACUGUGUUACAGCAAAUAACAUGUAGUCACAUGCAAAAUGUUUUAACUUACUUAUUUCUUUUUUUUUCUUUGCUGUUGAUGAUGAUUAUGAUGAUAAUGAUGAUAAUGCAGUUGAUCUCAUUUUUAUGUUCCUUUUGUGGAAUCAUCUAAGUGGAUUUAAGCACUGCCAGUUAAAAUAGUGGGUAUCCAUUUUCAGUGUAUGAUGAAUUAAUGAAUCAAUUCCACAGUUAUGUCCCUGAAAUAUUGUAUUUUUAUUUCUAAUGGACAGGUAUUAUGAGCUGUAAAGUAUUUUUGUACAAAUUUAAUACUUUGUUAGCAUGAUAUUUAUCGUCUAUGUAUAACUUUGGGGAUUCCUACAGCUGUAAACCUUUGUAUGGCCAACAAAAAGAGAAACAAUAAAAAGAUACAGAGUGGGCA